CACAUCACAGAUACCAACCUGUUAGCUGGACGACGAGUCGCCGUAUCUUUGAAUGUGACAGAAGUGUUUUUAUGGAUUUAAUGUUAGCCAGUGAAGAUAUUAGGCCGCCGACUGCCAAGAGUCAUUGCCGUCCCGCGUCUUUGGUUGUUUCCAUUGUAUUUACACAGUUAGCUUGAGUGCUAGCUAGAACGGGCUAGGACUGGCUACGCUUCACUGGCUUUCUUGUUUACACGUUAGCUUGAGGUAAUGUUAGCUAACAUCGACUGCAUUGCCUGAUUACAACCUGUUUUCUUAUAGCUAGCUAGACGUUGACCAAGUUUAUGUCCUUAUACUAUGCACUGUAUAUUAUAGUAGCGUUAGCUUACAAGCAUUUACACCAUAGCUUUAUUGAGAUCGUUAAAACGCCGCACAGGUUGACUAUCAAGCGAUAUUUAACCACAAGGAGAUUGGGUUAUAAAAGCAAAUUACUGCAAUAGAUUGCUACUGGAAAUGGCAUAGCUACUUAGCAUGGCAACGUCUCAUGGCAGUUCAUAGAUGCCACAGCAGAGGAGUGUACAGUGGUAACCACAUCGUCCCUCAGCUGCCUCUGGAGGCCAACCACAGAAGAAAACAACGGUGUCAAUCAGUCGCUGAUAUUAAAACAUCAUCACUGAAACAAAGGACAAUGGAGUCUGUGAGGAGUGCUUUCCACGCUCAACUGGCCACUGUCAUGGACUCGCUGCUGGCAGCCGCUGUGUGUGAAAUCGCCAAGAUCUUUGAGGGCAGCCUGUGUGAACAGCAGGCGGAGCUAGCGCAGAAAACAGAGGAGAUCUCCAUCCUCCGAGGCAAACUGGAGAAAGUCGAGAGGAGGCAGAAGGCGAAAGGUGGAGGGAGCGAGGAAGGGGAGCUGUCAUCAGGCGACAGAGAUGGUAGCUUGAGGCAACAGACCCUGACAGGAUCAGGACUGAAUGUGGGAAAGGACGUGUCUUCUCAAUCAGACCCAGUCGACGGACUCAGCGGGCUGAAAGAGGAGGUCACAGGCCAGGAUGGAGCUUCAGUAAAACAUGAGCGUGCUGGAUCACGACCUACGCUGGGGUCUGUCGCAGUCCAAGCCCCAGAGGGAAGCCUUUCUGCUGUGGACCAGAGGCAGAUAGAUACCCUGUCUGCCACACAAGCCAAGGCCAAAUUGUCUCAUUGGGAUCAGGGCAGUCGCAGUACAGACCACAGACCCCUCCAGGAUCAAGCCUCCACCCCUUUUCUCUCCAUCUCCCAGAGCGGACGUUGCUCCCCCAGGCCCAACCCAAGCCUAGCUCAACCAGAGGAGUGGUUACCGGGGUUGGAUGCCACCCGAGGUGGGGUGUCCGGUCUGGAGAACCUGCAGGCAGAUGGCACCAGCUGCUCUGGUCCAGCUAGCAGCAGCACUGGCACAGACGCACCCUGCUUCAGACCUGGUUUCGGCUCUGACGAGACCAGCAACGAAGAUGACGAUAGCUCUUUCCCUUUCCUGGAUCAGGAGCCUGAGAACCAGAACUCCAAUCAGAACUCAGUGCGGGGCCAGGGCGUGGGGCAGAGGGGUUCUCGGCAGGUUCAACCCCAAGCCCCCUCUGGCGAAUCAGCAUGGAGACCCAGAGACGAUAGGGGUGGGAGAGGCCCUGUCAAUCACACACGGCGGGUCACAACUUUUGGUAACAGAGACCCUCUCCGACCACAGUCCAAUUCACACUCACUCACGCUACGACACACAAACACUCUCAGCCACCCUGCAGCUCCUGGUGGAGGGAACGGACGACCUUACACCUGCCCAUACUGUACUAAGUGUUUCACCUACCCCUCCCACCAGCGCAGACACCUUUUACGCCACACAGGAGUCAGACUGCAUCCCUGUCAGUUUUGUGACAAGAGCUUCCUCACUCCCUCUGAGCUUACUGUGCACACUCGCACACAUACAGGCGAGCGGCCUUUUGGCUGCGCUCAGUGUGGUAAACGUUUUGCCCGCAGCGGGAACCUGAGAGCCCACCAACGGGACGUUCACAUGGGGAAGAGGCCCUUUGCUUGCACAGAGUGUGGGAAGAGAUUUGCCCACAGGGGGAACCUGAGGGUGCACAAUCACAGAGUUCAUCAAGGAGAUCCCUACUACAUGGAUGAUCAGCAGGAGCCUGACAUGGGCCCUAAUCCCAUUUGAAAAGACUUUAAAAAUAAUGGUUCUGCACCUUAAUUUUGCUCACAAAAUAAACCUUAGGAACUUGUUUCAGGAUUGCCUAUUGUACACCACAUAAACUUGAUACUGAACACUUACAACAGUUUGAAAGUAUUUAAGGUUUUUGUUUUGUUUGUUUUAUCAAAUUUUAUGAGGGACAACCAUAAAAUUAACCACCAUCACAUUUUAUUAUAUGUAAUUAAUGACAUACUUGUUCAAAGUAAAUUUUAUUUGAAUGUCAUAAUUUUAUUUUUUAAAUAUGAUUCAGUGUCAGAAUUAUGGGUCACACUAAAAGGGAGAGCUUUGUAUUCAACUGUUUUGUAAAUGAGUAAAUAUAAUCAUCCAUGAAUAAGAAAUAUUGGCUAUUGUUUUAAAGAAAAUAAUUUUUCUCCAGGAUGACCCUAUCUUCCAAUGAUGUUCUUCCCUAUCAAUGAAAAGUCAAUGAACAAAUUGAAGUACCUUUUCAUUACUUCAAGUGAAAAACUGCAAAAUAGUGUUUUUCAUAAAGCCAAUAAAGAAAAUCUAGUUGGUAUUAGAUUUAGAUGUGUGGCAUGCAGAGGUAGGAUAGCAGGUCUCUUCCUUUACAAUUGUGCUUAUGUACUGCCCAUCUCCUCAGACUUUUAUUUUGACUGUGCUGUAAAAUGGAAACGUGUUAAUGCAACAAGUACCUAACUGUUGUUAAAGAAGAACUGUGCUUUUAUUUUACAUCUUGUUUUUGUAAAGUGAAAUUAAAUAAUAUACUCGCGUACAAACUA